AUGAAGGAUGCCCAUGUGCCUUGCGUGGAGGGCCUUCAAAAGGCACACAAACAGGAAAUUCAGCACCUGUUCCGCGAGCCUGAGAAGAGGCCCCCCACAGUGGUGUCCAAUACGUUCACCGCCCUGAUCCUCUCGCCCCUGCUCCUGCUCUUUGCUCUGUGGAUCCGGAUUGGUGCCAAUGUCUCCAACUUCACUUUUGCUCCCAGCACGAUUGUCUUUCACCUGGGACAUGCUGCUAUGCUGGGGCUCAUGUAUGUCUACUGGACGCAACUCAACAUGUUCCAGACCCUGAAGUACCUGGCCAUCUUGGGCAGUGUGACGUUUCUGGCUGGCAAUCGGAUGCUGGCGCAGCAGGCAAUCAAGAGAACAGCACAUUAGUUCCAGAAAAAGGAAGGAAGUUCUGAAAGCUGAAGUGAAUAUUGAUAAAAGGAGUUAAGGACAAUUCACAGUUCGAAAAGAGGAAUGAAAAACCCCUUUAUUUAAAAAGAAGAAAGUCAAAAUUGUGGCUAUACUUUUGCUUGUUUUCCUAUAUCCCCAGCACAGAGCAGGUACCCAGAUGCCCUGUUUCUUUGGCAUGGUGCCCUAGCAAGAUGCUGUGAGUAUUCCAGCUUACCCACUUGUUGCAUUGGCAAGUUGAAAUCUGUAAUUAACCUGUUAACGGAAUAAAGAGAGUAACAGGAACAAAGA